AUGACACUGCAGAUAUCCCCUCCAAGUAACCACCUUUCUAAUAUACCCCUGGGUCCAUCCGCGACACUGGAGCUUGAACCGUCCUCCCUCCGCCCACCUUGUAAGGCAUCCGAGCGAAUUUUCCUCUGGCGAGGAGUGAACUAUCCUCCAGCGUCAACGAUAACCAACCCAGUAAUAUCCCAUAUUGCCAGCAUGGCUAAUCGAGCGUCCCUCAGGGACACAGGUUCCUAUGGGGCCGGUCUUCGAAAAUUUCAUCUAUUUUGCGACAUAUUCUCGAUUUCUGAAUCAGACCGGCUCCCGGCCUCAUUCGAACUUCUUCACUCCUUCGCGUUGUGGGCUGUCACGGACCCUAUUAGCGUGGCACAAAAGUAUCUGUCAGCAGUGCGUGCUUGGCACAUAGCCCAAGGCUGGCAACCCCCGCUUUCGGAUGCACACCACAGCCGCAUCAACUGGUCUUUGCGAGGCCUCGAGAACCUGCAGAGCAGCCGUCGUAAACCCCUCCGACCACCCAUCACACUACCAAUGCUAACAGCACUCAAAGCUACCCUCACCCUUUCAGACCCGUUCGACGCCUGUGUGUGGGCAAUGGCAUCAUGUGCUUUCUUCGGCAUGAUGCGUUUUGGUGAAGUGUCAGUAACCUCACGUGCAGCCUUCUCUCCUUCGAAACACCUUUCGAGAGCAGAUGCCUUCUUCAGCACGGACUUGCGAGGAAGCCCGUACGCACGUCUGGACCUCCCCUCUGCAAAAACAGCUCGAGCUGGGGAAACUCAGUCAGUAUUUCUCAACGAGCAAGGGGACUUGUGUCCUCUUGCUGCCCUUCGCAACCUCGCCAAUGUGGUGCCAGCACUGGGUGUGGACCCCCUGUUUUCAUGGCGUGAUUCCAAAGGCGAUAUUCGCCCCAUGGUGAAGGCCCGAGCCAUGGAGCGAAUAAAUUCAAUCUUAAUAGAAUGGGGUUGGGGGACUUCAUUUGGCCAUUCGUUUCGCAUUGGAGGUGCUUCAUUCUACUUAGCAAAAAAAGUCGACCCCGAAAUAGUGCGAAUAGCGGGGCGUUGGAAAUCUCUCGCUUACGAGACCUACAUUCGUGCGUUCGAGCAAAUAUCGUCGCAGCACCUCGCCAACGCAUCGUCUCGAUAG